ACGUUAUUUUCGCGCGGAAUAAGGUACUUAAUGUCAUUUGUAUAUUACUUACCAUUUGCAGAGGGUAAAGUUAGGAAAUUCUUGGCAGAAGUUCUGUCUAAUAAAAGUUACGGUAAAUCAGUGAAUGCUACUCAUAAAUUUUAAAUAGGUUGAAAAUGUGCUUAAAUGUCAUUUUGACUAAUUUGAAAUAUAGGAAAGUUAGAAAACUGCACGUCCUAGUAAAACAGAGAUAGCGUAGUCACAUAAUUUUCAUCGUAUCACGUAUGGUUGUCGCGGGGACGCACGUUUUGCUCGAAAAUAAAGUGCUGAGCCAGCUUUGCAGAUUUUCAGUUAUCAAAAUGCAUGCUUUCCGAGCGUGGUUGGUGCUGGGAGCUUGUGUGUACCUGGUGACUGCAGUAGAGGGGCGAAAGAAGCUGAAGCGCGACCAAUCUGAGAGCCUCAAGUCUGUCGAAAGUGAUGACGAUGAUGUGGAAUACGAGGAUAUAGAACCAUGUCAAUGUGGCGUAUUCAUGUCUCAACAAGUGGGCAUCAAGGACGGGCGGCGCAGCAAGCCUCGCGGACCUCCGAAAGGGGAGCCUGUAGUUACCUACGAGACCGAAGAGCCAAGUCUGCCAUGCGGCUCCGUCGGGUUCAAGCACUGCAUCAGCAAGUGUUUAGAUGUGAUCUUAAAGUACCUACCCCGCGCGGGACCCGUUAUCUGCGGCGCGGUUGAGCGCGACGUUCACCGCGAGAGGGCGUUCCUCUUCAUCAAAAACUGCGGAGGCGACUGGACGCCGACCAACUUCUCUGCAGGCAAAGAGUUUUGUUGUACCGAUGGACAGCAUCAUAAAUGCUAAUUUGGGUGACCUGGUAACCUUUAGGCGUAUUAUCUAUGAUUAUUAACGUUGAAAUGGUAUUUCAGAUUAUAUUGCCCUUACAUCGUUGUAGGAUAAGUUAAGUAGCAAUGGAAGAAAUAUUUCAAAAAUAACAGAAUUCAUAAAUUGUUUAUUUAGAAAUUUUAACACUUUAUGUAAGCUAGAAAUAGU